GCAGAGGUGCAUCUCCUCUGGAUCAAGUAUGCAUCCAUAGUGUCACCAUAGUGUCUGCUAUUAUUAAUUUCCUAAAACAGUGAACUCAGCCUUGAGCAAAGGAAAUUUUCAGUCACAUAUCUUGUUUUGCUUUUGAAUCCUUACAUACGAAUAACUGAUCAUUAGAGCACAUUCUUUGCAUUGUUUUAUCACAAUACACGAGUAAUUUUGCAUGUGACUGCUCAUGAAUUGCAGUAUACACCUUCAAACUUUUUGUGCUGCAACUUAAUCAUAAAGCAUUAAUCAGGCUCUUUUGAAAGACAGUCACAAAGUUAAUUUGCGCUUCUUCUUGAAAUUUCUUGCACACGUGCGUUCACGUGUGUCAUCAAUACACUAUUGCGCAUGCGCAAAAGGAGGCGGGACACUUACACUGGAACAUUCAACAUAAGUAAAAUGAAUUUUGGAGGUGGGUACCAGUCUGUAGGGAGCUCUUAUGGUGGGGGCAGAGGCUACCAAGGUGGAGGUAGCUAUGAUACUUUUGGGGGUGGAGGGUACAUGGCAAAUGAAAUGGGUGGAGGUUUUACCUCCCCAGGUGGGACGACAGGAACACCAGGUGGAAAAGACUCAAAGAGAGGUGGUUUCAAGAACCAGGCGACAAGGCCAGUAACAGCUGCAAUGCUUCAUCGAGUUACCUCACCACCUGGGGCAGAGGAAAUUUACUUAAUUGAUGAUGAACAAGUAAAUCAGAUAGUUCUGGUCGGUGAGAUUGUUGAAGUAUUUGAAUCAGCUACAAGUGUAAUGUAUAAGAUUGAUGAUAGAACAGGUCCACCCGUUGAAGUAAGACGAUGGAUUAACGCUGAAGAGGAUUCACAAUUUGAAUUAGAAAGGCGGGCAGCUUGCAGGGAAGGAAUUUAUGUGAAGAUUGUUGGUCACAUUAAAAUGUUUAACAACCAGAGAACGAUCACGGGUUUCAUGAUAAGACCGAUAGAAGACUUUAACGAAGUUACUCACCACAUGGCCGAGACUAUGUUUGCACACCUGGCUAUAACGAAAGGACUGAAACUUCCUGAGCAGUUUUCCGAUCAUCAACAAGGUAAUCAAAUGGGCGGAGCUUCUAGUUUUGGUAGCACUACACCUCAAGCAGGCGGAAGUGGCUGGACCCCACUUGCAACCAGCACUCAGAUGAGUGGCACAUCGUACGGCAAUCAGUUCAACAGUGGAUUAACAUUGGUCCAACAAAAGGUUUUAAGUGUCAUUGGUAAUACAAAAGGUGAUCAUGGACUACAUGUUAAUGAUAUAAUUAGUUCUGUAAAGACUCAAGGCUUCUCUGAUGCAAGCAUAAAGACUGCUCUUGAUUUUCUGUCCAAUGAAGGCCAUGUAUACUCCACAAUUGAUGAGCAACAUUUCAAAUCAACAGAAGAUGUUUAAUUAUGCACCAAAAACUAUCUUGAACCAGCACACUUCUUUAUUAAUUUUACUGUAGUCAUCCAUGUACCGUAUAUGUCUAAGUUAACGUAUCUUUUA